CCCCGCUCUCGAGACCGAAGGCGGAGGCAAAGACUGAAGAGAGGCGGGGAGAGAGAAAAGCGGCCGCUUCUACGCCUGCGCAGCUCUUCGCCGUCGCACGCUCUUUUACGUCAGUCGCGAAGGUGACCGCGGCCUGCGGGGAAGAAGCUGUUGCUGCCGCCAUGUUGUCCGUGGCCGCCCGUUCGGGCCCCUUCGCCUCUUCCCUUUCGGCCGUGGCGCACGGCGUGCCGGCCCCGCUGAAGCCGCUGGCGCUGGGCCUCCCUCCGGCGGUCGCCAAGGUGCCCACGCUGGAACCGAAGCGGCCUCUGCUGUGCCGGGAGUCGCUGAGCGGGCAGGCCGCCCGGGGGGGUCUCGUCGCCUCCGUCAAUCUCAACGCCCCUGCAAGCGUCCGUUAUGUCCACAAUGAUGUCACGGUGCCCAGCUUCUCCGACUACCGUCGCCCUGAUGUCUUAGACAGCAACAAGUCCUCUCAAGACAGCAGCGAAACCAGGAAAGCAUUCUCCUACAUCCUCACAGCGACAAGCUGUGUGGCCACUGCGUACGUCGCUAAGAACGCGGUCACACAGUUCAUCUCCAGCAUGAGUGCUUCUGCCGACGUGCUGGCCCUGUCCAAGAUCGAGAUUAAGCUGUCUGAUAUCCCAGAGGGCAAGAACAUGGCUUUCAAAUGGCGAGGGAAGCCCCUGUUUGUGCGGCACAGAACCGCACAAGAGAUCGAGCAAGAAGCCCAAGUAUCUCUGGCUGAAUUACGAGACCCGCAGCACGAUUUAGACAGAGUCAAGAAACCGGAAUGGAUUAUCCUGAUAGGGGUGUGCACCCAUCUCGGUUGUGUACCCAUUGCAAACGCCGGAGAUUAUGGCGGCUAUUACUGCCCUUGCCAUGGGUCACAUUACGAUGCCUCUGGCAGGAUCCGGAGAGGCCCAGCUCCACUAAACCUCGAGGUCCCAUACUAUGAAUUUCCUUCCGAUGAUUUGGUGGUUGUGGGUUGAAUUGGUGGAAGCCUGGCUCCUUCUCUUGCGUUAUGUGUGCCAGAGACUGACGUAAUAUAAAAACCGGUUGAAUUGUAAGGUAUUGCCAGCUGCCCAGACUCACUGUUCAAUGGUUUUGAGUAUUUGGUCAGUUUUAAUAAAGGAUUAAACUGA